GUACUCCCCGCAUGUCAAUGACGGCGGUUCGCGAUGAGGGGAAUCUUAAUCCACUUGGCGUCGGAACGGCAGAUGAAGCAGAUUGGGGAUCCAAAUCGGACGUCAAUGAAUCAGCGGAAAAUUUAAACGACACGAACAUGGUUGCUGCUGUCGCCAGUGUACGCAGUUCCGAGUUGAAUGAAGUAGCAACAGAUGAUAUUGCUGAGCUCGGAGCUACUGCUGGUAAGGUGACGAGGGCUAGCGAGCGUGCGGUUACUCCUCCUGAAGGUGUCUCUGAGGGGGACAAAGAACUCGUUUCGGCGGUUGCGGAAACAUCGCAAGGAAUUGUCCAACACAAUCAUGGCGAUGCGGCCGCAGGACUCGCAUCGAAACUGGGAAAUUUCAUAACGGACGCGGGACGCCCUGGAGUUAACACACUUGGAGUCAGUUCUGGCCCCUCCCCCCUGAAACUUUGGAUCUAUCAAUAUUAAUUCCAUUCCACUUGCACUUUGCUUCUGAUAGACUCCAUCAGACGUUGCUAUAGGAACUCCAGCGGCCACUUCAUGAUUUCCGACGAGACGAAACUGGGAGCGUGAAGCUUGUACCCUUCCUUCCCGGAGCACGAAUCGAAGGGAUCACCGGAGACUUUGUCUUUAUUGAUUCUAUGUUCUAGCGGGACGCAGUUGUUACAAGCACAGCAGCAUUUAUACACACCCUUUAUUAAAAUAUGCCCAA